ACAGGAGAGGUCAGGAUGGUCCUGAACAACAUACUCAAUAAAUUCGUGGGUGCUAAGUACGUCACGAUUGUACGGACGUGGAUACCCAAUUUGAUGGGGUGGGGAACAGUGGGCGGCGUGGCGCUGGUUUACGUCACAGACUGGCGGCUCAUCCUUGACUAUGUGCCGUACAUUAGAGGCAAAUUCCCUAAGGAUGACUGAAGAGUUUUUCAAUUCAAUUGAGCAGAGUGUUUAUACGUGAACUGGAUGGACAAGAGUAAACUUGCUUCUACUUGGCCAAUUACAAAUGAGAUGAUGAUGAUGUCCAUCCACUGACCUGUUGAUCUGUGUUCUGUAUAAUGAAAACGUUUUAAUCCAUGACUAUUUAACGUGAAUAAAUCUGAAAUAUGCCA